ACCGUCGCCUCCUCUACUUAAUGCCCCUCGUCUCUUCUCCCGCGUGCACCUCACUAUACGUACGUUGGCACGUACCACGUACGCACAUCCGAUCCACAUGCCUCCUCUUCUGUAUAACCUCUUCGUGCUCAUCGUCGUCUUCCUCGGCGGCGGUGCUCCGGCGUGUUCAGCCGCGACGGACACCGUCAAGCCUGGCCAUGUCGUCGGCGGCAAGGACAAGGUCGUCUCCAACAACGGCAAGUUCGCGCUCGGCUUCUUCAAAGCCCCGGCUCCAAACCAAGAGAAAUGGUUCCUGGGCAUAUGGUUCAACACGGUGCCCAACCGCACCACGGUAUGGGUAGCCAACGGCGGAGAGCCAAUCAUGGACGCCGCCGACGCCGGCUCGCCGGAGCUCACCAUCUCCGGCGACGACGGCGACCUGGUUGCCUUACACCCAACCACCAAGUCAAUAGCCUGGUCAACCAACGUUUCAGCCAAGAACUCCACCAGCAACAGCAACAACACUGCAGCCGUCCUUCUGAACAGUGGAAACCUCGUACUGCAAGACACCUCGAACAUGUCCCAACCUCGUACGCUGUGGCAGAGCGUCGACCACCCGACCGACACGCUCCUCCCCGGCGCGAAGCUCGGCCGCGACAAGCUCACCGGCCUGAACCGCCGUCUCGUCUCCAAGAAGAGCAUGGCCGGCCCGUCCCCCGGAGCCUACUGCUUCGAGGUAGACGAAGACACGCCUCAGCUCGUGCUCAAGCUCUGCAAUUCGUCUGUCACCUACUGGUCCAGUGGACCAUGGAAUGGUCAGUACUUCACUGGCAUCCCUGAGCUGAUCGGCAAUUCACCUGGCUUUCACCUUGGGUUCUUCGACAACAGCAGAGAGGAAUAUCUCCAGUUCAAUGUGUCAAAUGAAGCUGUGGUGACACGCAACUUCAUCGACGUCGAUGGCCGGAACAAGCAGCAGGUUUGGCUGGACAGCUCGCAGUCUUGGCUGACGCUGUACUCCAAUCCGAAGGUUCAGUGUGAUGUGUACGGUGUAUGUGGGGCUUUCUCGGUCUGCAGUUUCAGUUUGCUUCCACUCUGCAGCUGCAUGAAGGGAUUCACUGUUGGAUCAGUGAAGGAUUGGGAGCAAGGCGAUCAAACUGGUGGAUGUGUGAGAAAGAAUCAGUUGGAUUGUGUAGGUAGCAACACGAGUUCAUCAGAUUCAACUGAUAAGUUCUACUCCAUGUCUGAUAUCAUCUUGCCUGACAAAGCUGAAAGCAUGCAGGAUGUUGACAGUUCAGAUGAAUGCAUGAAGCAGCAGAAUUCCAAUGGAGAAAUCAUGUAUCUCCGUCUCUCAGCAAGAGAUAUGCAGAGAAGCAAGAAACGUAGAGUGAUAAUCGGUGUCGUCGUUGGUGCAUGCGCUGCUGGUUUGGCUGUGCUGAUGUUCAUUUUGAUGUUCAUCAUCAGGAGGAACAAAGACAAGAACAGGAGUGAAAAUUAUGGUAGCCUCGUGGCUUUCAGGUACAAAGAUUUGCGUUCUGCAACCAAAAACUUUUCUGAAAAGAUUGGCGAAGGCGGAUUCGGCUCCGUCUUCAGGGGACAACUGCGUGAUUCUACCGGCAUAGCUGUGAAAAGACUCGACGGUAGAUCACAAGGAGAUAAGCAAUUCAGAGCUGAAGUGAGAUCGAUCGGAACCAUUCAACACAUCAACUUGGUUAAUCUGAUUGGCUUCUGCAGUGACGGCGACAGUAGGUUUCUUGUCUACGAACACAUGCCAAAUCGAUCUCUUGACACACAUCUGUUUCAAAGCAAUGGCAAGUUCUUGGACUGGAACACUCGCUACCAGAUAGCUCUUGGAGUUGCCAGAGGCUUGUGCUACUUGCACGAGAGCUGCCAUGAUCGAAUCAUCCACUGCGACAUCAAACCGCAAAACAUACUACUCGACGCAUCGUUUCUUCCCAAGGUCGCGGAUUUUGGGAUGGCAAAGUUUGUAGGGAGAGAUUUCAGCAGAGCACUCACCACCAUGAGAGGAACCAUAGGUUAUCUUGCGCCUGAAUGGAUUAGUGGAACAGCAAUUACACCGAAAGUAGAUGUUUACAGCUAUGGAAUGGUGCUGCUUGAGCUAGUGUCAGGCAGGAGGAACUCAGCCAGAUCAGAAGAAGAAUGCACUACUACUACCACUACUUCUACAUCCACUGACACUGAUGGCAACUAUUCUGUCUACUUCCCUGUGCAAGCUUCAAGGAAGCUUCUAGAUGGAGAUGUGAUGAGCUUGCUGGACCAGAAGCUGUGUGGUGAAGCGGACUUGAAGGAGGUUGAGAGAGUGUGCAAGAUCGGUUGCUGGUGCAUUCAAGAGGAUGAGGUUGAUCGGCCGACGAUGGGUCAAGUGGUCCAGAUUCUUGAGGGUGUCUUGGACUGCGACAUGCCUCCGUUGCCGAGGUUGCUUCAGAGAAUCUUUGAGAGGCCGUCUUCAGUUAGCACCAGCACACCAGUUUUCCUUUUUGUCGGUAGCCCUGAACGCCAAUGAGAAUACAGUAUCAGUUUGGAAUGUACAGUAUAUCUGAAUGUCUCUCUCUUUUUCUUUUUUCUUUUGUUUUAAGGUUGUUAUGUCUGAAACUUUAGUUCAUUUUUGUAGUAUGUAUUGUACUAUCACACCACAUACCACAAGCAGCUUAUACCACUGUAAUUUGAUCAUCAAAGUGUGUAUAUUCCUGUA